AUGGCAGAAUUCCUCGGCCUUCGAGGCCCGGCCCUCUCGCGGGCCAUUAUCUGGCUCGUCGUCUGCCCGGCCUUUACUUGCUACGGCUACAACAUUAGUGUCGCCGGCGGUCUCUUGACGCUGCAGUCCUUUGUCCAAAUGUUUCCUUUGCUCGAUACCAUCAACACCACAGGAUCGCAGCAGUCGCACAAUUCCACGAUUCAAGGUACUUCUGUUCUUCCACCGCCCCCCCUCCCCGUACCAUGCACCGUCCUCGCCCUCUUCACCGUCGGCGGCAUCUUCGGCUCCCUCUCAUGCAUCUACCUCGGGGACCGGCUCGGGCGGAAGCGCGUCAUCCAGCUGUCGGCGCUCGUGACCAUGCUCGGCGCCGCGCUCAUGGCGUCGUCGUUCCACCUCGGGCAGUUCAUCGCGGCGCGCGUGGUGCUCGGCCUCGGCACGGGCGGCUACCUGGCGACGGUGCCGGUGUGGCAGGCCGAGAUUGCGCGGGCCAGCAAGCGCGGGGCGCACGUGGUCAUGGACGGCAUCUUUGUGGGCGCCGGCAUCUCGCUCGCGCUCUGGGUCGACUUUGGCUUCUUCUUCGUGCGCGCGCACGGCUCCGUCGCGUGGCGCUUCCCGCUCGCGUUCCAGAUCCUCCUGCUCGCGUCCAUGGGCGGCUUCGUCACGCUCUUCCCCGAGUCGCCGCGGUGGCUCGUCAAGAAGGACCGCAUCGACGAGGCGCGCCACGUGCUGGCCGCGCUGCACGACGACGACCCGGACUCGGACGCCAUUGCGCUCGAGAUCCGCGAGAUCCAGCACUCGCUGUCCAUCUGCGGCGCGCUCUCGUGGAAGGCCAUGGGCACCAUGGGCGAGCAGCGGCUGCUGCACCGCACCGUGCUCGCCGCCCUCGGCCAAGUAUGCCAGCAAAUGUGUGGCAUCAACCUGAUAUCCAUGUACGCGACGACCAUCUUUGAGCAGUAUCUCGGCAUGAGCCCCGUCAACGCGCGCAUCCUCGCCGCCUCCAUGGCCAUGACGCAAAUCUUUGGCGGGUACCUGUCCACCUUUACCAUUGACAGUCUCGGCCGCCGCUUUCUCAUGCUGUCCUGCGCCGCCGGCAUGGGCGUCGCCAUGGCCAUUCUCGCGGGCACAACGUCGGCGCCGAACAACACGGCCGCCCUCAUCGUGGCCGUCAUCUGUCUGUUUGCCUUUCAGUUCAUCUACACGGUCGGCUACUCGGGCCUCACCUACCUCUACGCGACCGAGGUCGCGCCGCUGCAGCUGCGCGCCGCCAUCAGCGCCGUGGCCACGGCCGCCGUGUGGACUUUUAACUUCCUGCUGGCCGAGGUGACGCCCAUUGGCUUCAACACCAUCGGCUACCGCUACUACAUCAUCUUUGCCGUGCUCAACGCCGCCAUUGUACCUACUGUCUACUUCUUCUUUCCUGAGACGAGCGGCCGCUCGCUCGAGGAGAUUGACGAAAUCUUUGUGCAGAGCAAGUCCAUCUGGGAUCCGCCCAAGGUGGCGCGGACGCUGCCGCGCAUGACGACGGACAGUGGGGUCACCGAGAGAUCUCUCUCGGGGGAAGAUGAAAAGAUGCACGAUGCCAGGUAA